AUGACUGAUAAGGCUGCCGACUGGGCUCUCCCUAUCAUAGGGACCAUCAUCAAGGGCAAGGGUAACCCUCCUACCACCAUCCCGGCUUUAACUGCCAAAUUCAAAGAAGCAUUUGCCAACCCAGAUGCCAAAAGGGCCGCGGCCAGGAAGAUUGCAGCGCUCACUCAGACAACCACCACGUCUGAGUACGUCACCAAGUUCCGCAAUCUUAUGGCAGAACUUGAUUGGAAUACUGAGGCGUACAUUGCCCAGUUUACGCGCGGUCUUCACUGGAAGGUGAAAGAACUCCUGUCCACUAAAGACAAUAUCCCGGACAAUGAUCUUGAGGCUAUAUUUGCUGCCUCAAUCAAAAUUGACAACAUUCGUUGGGAAAACAAGGAGAACCAACCCAAGAAAGCCCCUACCAAAUCCCUGGUCUCUGCGACCACAUCUACCUCCACCACAACAACAAGGGUCCGCCUAUCCAAAGACCCUAACUAUGUUACACCAGAAGAAAGGGACCGUUGCCGCGCGUCGGGCCUGUGUGUCAAGUGCGGCCAAAAAGGGCACGGUAUCAAACAAUGCCCCAACGGAUGGAAGGCCACGAUCAAGGAAGUGGCUAAAGUAGCAGAAGAGGAGCCGGGAAAAGAAUAG